CGGACUAACGUAAAGCUGGCGUGUCUGACUCCACACAGAACAGUGGUGUCACUGCAGCUCUACAGCUGGAACAACGUCCCUCUAUCUACUCUAAUGUAACGACCCUGGGGGGAGGGGGGUUAUAAGAGCGGAUAUCGACUGUGCUGCUUAUAGCGCGCGCUGGACUUUCGGGCUAGAAAGGUCGAGGGUUCGAGUCCUGUUUCCCUGCCUGUUUCAUUACACUGGUGUCAGAAGUUGGAUCGGACCCUUGCAGCCACGACAGUGCGCGUGCUUGGACGGUGAGCGCGCGCAUUCCUGUAAAGACGUAGAGUCGCAAGCUAGCGCGAAGACGCGCUCUUUGAAAAGGAGGGAUGAGUGUAACGACCCCUGGGGUUUAAUUAAUAAGGGCUAGAAGGUCGAGGGUUCGAGACCUGCUUCACUACAAUACGAACGUCUGUCUCCGUCUGUCUCUCUCUCUACUAGUCUAUCUCUGUCUGUCUCGGUCUGUCUCUGUCUCUCCUUCUCUCUCUCUCUCUCUCUCGGUGAGGAGGAUGUCUAAGCCCCAGAAUGGUGAGCCAGGCAGCCCAGCAGAAGCCCCAGCAGCUGAUGAUCCAGAGGUGAUGUUCCAGAUGCCUGGUCCAACCGUCUCCUUCUCCAGACUACAGUACUCUGUCAUGGAGAGCAAUGGACUCUGCCACAAGACAGGACCUGAGAAACACAUCCUCAAAGACGUCAGCGGCAUCAUGAGACCAGGGAUGAACGCCAUCAUGGGGCCAACAGGAAGUGGAAAAACAUCUCUCCUGGAUGUGAUAGCAGGUCGUAAGGACCCAGCAGGGUUGAAGUUUGGUCAGGUUCUGAUCGAUGGGAAGAUGGUGGACUCUGACCUCCGACUCAUAUCUGCCUAUGUGGUGCAGGAUGAUAUAUUGAUGGGAACCCUGUCAGUGAGAGAGAACUUGUUGUUCAGUGUGAACCUGAGACUAGACCGUAGACAUUAUUCUACAGCUGACAAACAGCAGAGAGUGGACAGCAUCAUAGAGGAUCUGGGUCUACAGGACUGUGCCCACACCAAGAUAGGAACAGAGUUCCUGCGUGGUGUGUCUGGGGGAGAGAGGAAGAGGUGCAGCAUCGGUAUGGAGCUCAUUACUUCUCCUCGUCUUCUGUUCCUGGAUGAACCCACCACUGGUCUGGACUCGAACACUGCUAACCACAUCAUCAACCUACUGCAUAGGCUGUCUAGAAGCGGUAAGACUAUCGUGUUCUCCAUCCAUCAGCCUCGUUACUCAAUCUUCAGCCACUUUGACCACCUGACCCUGAUGCACCGAGGAGAGUUGGUGUACGCUGGAGCUGCCGGGAAGGCCCUGAGCUACUUCACUGACUUGGGGUAUCACUGUGAGCCGUUCAACAACCCCUCUGACUUCUUCCUAGACGUCACUAACGGAGAGGCUCAGUCUACACUAAACAUCACUUCAUUUAACUAUGAUGAUAAGGAGAACUGUGACAACAGCAACCUUCUGGCAGUGAGCUACAGACAGUCAACUCAGUACCAGAGGGUGGUGGAGGAGCUGGACCAUUUGACCCAGGGUCUGGAGGGAGGGGUCGGAGGUCAGGGACAGAAGGCUGACUACGUCACCUCCUUCUGGUACCAGAUGAGGAUAGUGGGUGGUCGUAUGGUGGUGAACUCUCUCAGGAACCCCCAGACAUCGUACGCUCAGCUGGCCCUCAACAUCUUCUUCGCUCUGCUGGUCGGCCUCAUUUACUACCAGAUCCCCCUGACUCUACCUGAAGCCCUACAGAACAGGAUGGGAGCAUUCUUUUUCCUCAUCAUCAACAUGGUGUUUGGGAAUCUUUCAGCUGUGGAACUCUUCAUCAAUGAGAGAGCUCUGUUCAUCCAUGAGAACUCUAGUGGGUACUACCGUACGUCCGUCUACUUCCUGUCUAAGAUAUUCGCUGACCUCAUCCCCAACCGCAUUGUCCCUAUCCUCGUCUUCUCAGCAAUCGCCUACUAUAUGAUGGGUCUGAAGCCAGCCUUCACAGCGUUCCUGCUCUUCACACUGACGAUGUCCCUGGUCAGUCUAGCUGCGGUCAGUCUAGCGUUCCUGGUCUCAGCCUCUGUCUCCUCCUUCGCUAUGGCCAACGUCCUCAUCGCCCUGCCUUUCGUCUUCAUGAUGGUGUUUGGAGGGUUCCUGGUCAACCUUAACUCCAUGUUGUCUUGGUUGUCAUGGCUGAAAUGGAUCAGCAUUUUCCGCUACGGACUAGAGGCGGUGACCAUUAAUGAGUUUAAAGGACAAAUAUUCUACAGCAACACAACCAUUCUUCCAGGGGAUGUGUACCUAGAGACCCAGGGAAUAGACUACAGCACCUGGGGUUUCUGGCAGAACCAUGUAGCUCUGUCUGGGAUCAUUACGGUGUGUAUGGUCUUGGCCUACAUACAGCUCAGACGGAUCAACCGCUGGAAGUGACACCGGCCGCAAGAAUAGAAUCAUAGAAUCAGAACUACACCUUCUGGAACAACAGGGGCUGUGAGGAGACACACAUCACAAGAAUAGAAUCAGAACUAUACCUUCUGGAACAACAGGGGCUGUGAGGAGACACACAUCACAAGAAUAGAAUCAGAACUAUACCUUCUGGAACAACAGGGACUGUGAGGAGACACACAUCACAAGAAUAGAAUCAGAACUACACCUUCUGGAACAACAAGGGCUGUGAGGAGACACACAUCACAAGAAUAGAAUCAUAGAACACACAUCACAAGAAUAGAAUCAGAACUACACCUUCUGGAACAACAGGGGCUGUGAGGAGACACACAUCACAAGAAUAGAAUCAGAACUAUACCUUCUGGAACAACAGGGGCUGUGAGGAGACACACAUCACAAGAAUAGAAUCAGAUUGACCUACACCUUCUGGAACAACAGAGACUGUGAGGAGACACACCCCACAAUAAUAGAAUCAGAACUACACCUUCUGGAACAACAGGGACUGUGAGGAGACACACACACUCUCCACUCCAGUUCAUUGUAAUAUGGUUGUAUGGUACGUUUUGUGUUGUAGUGGUGUACUUAUGUUAUGAUGUUGAUGUUGUUUUUUGGUGCCUUAAUACAGUCUUAAGUCCUGUCUGUGCCGGGGGGAGGGGUUCUACUGAGCGAUGUGGAAUUGUUUUAAGAAGGUCAAACCAAGGAUCUUCUUGUUUUUUGGUGCCUUUAAUACAGUCUAAGUCCUGUCUGUGCCGGGGGGAGGGGUUCUACUGAGCGAUGUGGAAUUGUUUUAAGAAUGUCAAACCAAGGAUCUUCUUGUUUUUUGGUGCCUUAAUGCAGUCUAAGUCCUGUCUGUGUCGGGGGGAGGGGUUCUACUGAACGAUGUGGAAUUGUUUUAAGAAGGUCAAACCAAGGAUCUUCUUGUUUUUUGGUGCCUUAAUGCAGUCUAAGUCCUGUCUGUGCCGGGGGGAGGGGUUCUACUGAGCGAUGUGGAAUUGUUUUAAGAAGGUCAAACCAAGGAUCUUCUUGUUUUUUGAUUUAGAGUUUUAAGACUCCGAGGUAACAACAAAUAUAUAUAAAACAAAUAUUUGAUUAACA